GUUCCCAAACAUGUUCUUGUUUUUGAAAUCAUAUAGCUGUUGACUACUCACCAGCCAAACUCUCCUAUCACAUCCUAUAAGUAAAUUUUGCUUGUGUGGAGAAUGGACUCCGUUUCCCGUCGGUCUUUGCGGCUGGUAACUUCGACAGCCGCUCCAGUGAAAACAAGCCGAUCAGCUGAUUUGACCUGGCAACAACAUUUACCCGAAUCUACCGGGGAGGGGAAUCAUUUUACAAGCUGGUGGGGAAAAACAGUUAUCUUGACAUCAACCGGCUUAUUAAUUUGUGUUUAACAAAGGGUCGUUGUCGCGUGCGAUGUUUCAGGGAAUUCAGCAGCUUGUUUGAUGAAAACUGCGGUGUGAUUCUGGCUCGAAAUCAGCUUGUUUUGUUCGGUCAAAGCUGUGUUGUUGGGUGAACAUACUUUAAGGACAGUCUGUACGAUACUAAGCCGUUAUUAAUUCAGCUGCAUUAGUCAUAUUUCUAACCCCCUAGUAUUUGUAGUCUUUGAAAUUUGCGGUGUUUUUACAGACACGUAUGCUAAGCUCAGCUAGCUUGAGUACGUUAACAAAGCCCAGGACGAUAACAACACCCGAAUGUAGCUGUUUUUUUAGUGGUUACAUGUGCCAAUAAAUACAUGUUGGUGGUUGUUGCUUGUAGUUUGUAAGUUUAGACACUUUAGACCGCUUGAUCACUUUAAAAUCAACCAGAAAACUAGACAAGUCUGACCUAGUGCCAGUGCUAUACGGAUGUCAACUGAUCUAUUUAUAGUUCAUAUUGAAUAUUUGAUUUUAAGACAGUGUCAUAAUCUGACACAUCACAUUUUGAAUUCCAAUGAAAUUCAAGGCAAACGAGUAAGGUAUUUUGUUUAAAAUCUCAAAUGCGUCAUAUUUGAGGCAUUAUAUAUCAUCUGUCUUGUUGGUAUCUGCUGUAGUUGGUUCAGCUUUGAGGAAUAUCUAGUCAGUGUAUUUACAGAGGGAUUUUAGUACUUUAAAUUCGGUUCGCUACCUCGCUGUUAUAUUUAGACGUAUAAUGAACAGUCAGGGCUCGUCGGUGGAGAAGGGGGUGAACGGCGUCCUGGUUUGUCAGGAGAGUUACGCCUGCGGUGGCUCCGACGAGGCCGCCUUCGAGUGCGACGAAUGCGGCAGCCUGCAGUGCAUCCGCUGCGAGCUGGCGCUCCACCGUCAGGAGCGCAUGAGGAACCACGACAGGAUCCGGAUCUCACCCAGCCACGUACCUUACUGCGAUUCAUGUAAAGGGGACGGGGGUGUAGCGAACGGGGGUCGGCUGAGAGCAGUGGUCCGCUGUCAGGGAUGUAAAAUCAAUCUGUGUUUGGACUGUCAAAAACGGACUCACAGUGGGGUCAGUAAAAGAAAGCACCCGCUCACUGCCUACCUUUCCUCGAAACCCGCGGAGAAGAACUGCAGCACUGGAGAUGAACAGCUGGAUGCGUUGAAAGCUAAACUGGAGCAAGUCACCAGCUUUCUUCUAGUGGAUGAAAAGGAAGAUAUGCAGGUCAAGGAUGAGGAGGAGUUUGUGAGGAAAUUAGGCUGUAGGCCCGAGGAGCUCUUGAAGGUGGUGUCCAUUUUCGGCAACACUGGAGAAGGCAAAUCUCACACCCUCAAUCACACUUUUUUUUUGGGUCGUGAAGUUUUCAAGACAUCUCCAACCCAGGAAUCCUGCACCGUCGGGGUGUGGGGAGCACUGGACCCUCUUCAUAAGGUGGUGGUUGUUGACACAGAGGGAUUUCUGGGGGCAGGAACUAACCAAGGACAGCGAACCCGCCUGCUCCUGAAGGUGCUCGCAGUCUCCGAUCUGGUCAUCUAUCGGACACAUGCUGACCGGCUACAUGAUGAUCUUUUCAAGUUUCUUGGAGAUGCAUCAGAUGCGUAUCUAAAGCAUUUCACGAAGGAGCUGAAAGCCACAACUGCACGCUGUGGUUUGGACGUGCCCCUUUCAACUCUGGGUCCUGCCGUUAUAAUCUUCCAUGAGACCGUCCACACCAAGUUAUUAGGCUCAGACAAGCCAUCAGAAUCAGCAGAGCGGCUUCUUCAGGAACGUUUCCGAAAGCUUGGCCUCUUUCCAGAAGCAUUCAGCUCUAUUCAGUACCGGGGCACUCGAACCCACAACCCCCCGACUGACUUCAGCGGUCUGCUGCGCAGUGUGGAGCAGCAGUUAGACAACAACACUACACGAUCUCCACGGUCUGCUGGUGUCAUCUACAAAGCCUUGCAGGCUUUGAGUGAGUGCUUCAGUGGAGAGAUUCCUGAUGAGCAUCUGGCAAGCAACUCUUUUUUUCCAGAUGAAUACUUUACCUGCUCCAGCAUCUGCCUCAGCUGUGGCUCUGGCUGUAAAAACAGCAUGAAUCACCUACGAGAAGGUGUGGCACAUGAGGCUAAACACCGCUGCCGCUAUUCAGCGCACUAUGAUAAUCGCAUCUAUACCUGCAAGGUAGGUCGUAAACAAUGCAGCACGCAGAGGCUGCUGGAUGGUGUGAACUAUAUGGCUCAGUCUGUUUCAGAGCUAAGUGUCAAGCCUGCCAAAGCCAUCACUGCCUGGUUAACAGACCAGAUUGCCCCCGUUUACUGGAAGCCCAAUUCUCUCAUCAUUAGAUGUAAAAACUGUGGAGAGGAAUUCCAAGAUAAUGAUACAAAGCCCCACUGUCGGGCCUGUGGAGAAGGUUUCUGUGAUGGUUGCUCCUCUAAGACACGGCCAGUCCCUGAGAGAGGUUGGGGCCUGGCACCUGUGCGAGUCUGUGAUGCCUGCUUUCAAAACAGAGGAAUCCCAGAAGAACUACUGGAUGCAGCGCUGGAAGAGGACCAAGGUGGGACUCUGAUCGCCAGGAAGGUGGGAGAAGCUGUUCAGAACACAUUAGGAGCGGUAGUCACUGCUAUAGACAUCCCUUUUGGUCUGGUAAAAGAUGCCGCCCGUCCAGCAUAUUGGGUCCCUGACCAAGACAUUCAUUGCUGCCACCAGUGCCAGCGUGAGUUUAAUGCCCGUCUCUCCAUCCAUCACUGCCGUGCGUGUGGACAAGGAGUAUGUAACGACUGCUCCCCUGAUCGCCUGGCCGUGCCCUCCAGGGGUUGGGACCAUCCUGUGCGGGUGUGCAUCACCUGCAGCCAGAAAUCUGAAGAGCUCUAGCAGAGCCGAACAUCACUCCACAUUAUAGGACACCCUCGUAUUUGGCCAGUGCUUCAGAACAGGUUGGGAAGGAAGAAGCACUGCUCUCGAACCAAUGAAUGAUUGUUUGAGAGGAACAUCUCUGCCUUUUGUUCCAACACUUCAUUCACAUCAUGCUCCUACAUAAGCUGUUCACAGUUUAACAUGUAAUGGCCUACGUAAUUUCUUCUUUUAAUGGUUAAAUCCAGCAGGAAAAUAAAUGUAUGUCAGACCCUCGACAAUCCUUUGUCUACCAUGCAAUAUGUUACCUGUGGGCAGGCCCAGAUGGAAUUAACGUUUUUGGGAAAAUCUGCAGAAUGGGUUUAAACAAGGUAGAAAAAAAAA